CCUCAUUUAAGGGUGACUGACACUGAGGAAGGGUCUUUUUCUGGAGAUCCCUUCUUGGUGAAGCUUUCUCCUGUGAUUGUGUUCUGAUACAGAUAUCUGUAGCGGAAAUGCAAGUUAUGGUUUGAACCUGUGACUGAGCACCUGAUGGGAAGGCAGGGCCAACCCAGUGGAUUUUCAGGUGCAUGCAAUACACCUGAGUGGAAGGGGUGGAGCCAGGAUCCAUUAUUUCCCAGACCUCAUUUAAGAUUUGGCAGUGGAGCUGGAUGUAUCUUGCUUGAGAUCCUUGCCUACUUGAGGCCUUCCAAGGUUAAUGAUUCUCCUCCCUAGUUUCACCUCUGUAUGUUGCUCAUGAACCAAAAUAUGGACUCUACCAUCUCCCUGCCCAGCUACUCCUGUGAAAUUCUGCUUUUCCAUAAAGUUCUCCUCAGACAAUGUUAUUGUUGAAGAUUACUCAGAUGCCUUCUGUCCAUUUUCUGCCUCACAUGCUAUGUCAUGAAAGCUUUGAUACACUUAGUACAUAAUUUAAAUGAAUGACUACUUUGGCAAGCAUAAUGGAAGGCACACAUACUACCCUUCAAUUGCACAAACCCAUAAUGGAGCUUUGUUACAUCAGCUUCUAUCUUCCAGAGGGAAAAGUCAGAGGAUUUACUUACAGGGGCUGUGUGACUUUGGAUAGAACCAGUAAACGUUUUUGUAGUUGUUAUAAAGUACAAGAGAGACUGGAUAUGAGAGAACAGCCAUAUGAAAGCUGCAGAGAUAUUAUUUUCAAACAAACUACAACAAAAGACAUUCUCACUGAGUUGUACAGAUUAACUGCUGAAAAGGAAAAACUGUUAUCCAGUCUUCUGAGAUCACAUCAUAUUCUAGGCCUUAACACGGGAUGUCAGGAGGAAAAGAAACAGGCUGUUUCUGAAGUCACGAAACUUAAAUGCGAUGAUUAUUCCAGUUCUGCAUAUCAUCAGGAGUUCAUUCUGGAUUCUGCAAAGAGAGACAAAUUAAAUAGCAAGAAAAUGAAGAAAUAUAGAAGAAAAGAAAGCUUUGAUGAUUUCAGGCACUGGAAAGGGAGAAAUAAGCUAUAUGAACAACAUCCUUCUUUACUGAGGGGAAGAGGCAUGCAAGUGAGUAAUGAGAAGAUGCGCCCUGCAAGACAAUUUUCUACUAGGAGUUUUCCCAGUUCCUUUUCUGCUUUCAGUUGUGUAAAAGGUAAAGACUAUUUGUCACCAGAUGUUGGUAUACAAACAGCAAGUGAAAUAAAAGAAGAGUAUCUUCUUGAAAGCAACAAAGCCCUGAAACUGGAUGUUGACUUAGCAAGUUCUGUAUCAAAAGACAACAGUUAUAAAGUUGCAGUUGAACUACUGGAUAAUGCAGAAUGUAUUCCUGAAGUUGUAAACAUACAGCAGAGUAUCAUGUUGGUAAAACCAUCUUGGGACAAUCUAUCUAACAACCUAGAGAAUUUAAGCAAAUCUGCAGUUGCUAAGAUCUUUAAAGACGACAAGUGUACUGACAAGGUAUAUAAGGAGAAACCAGGAUUCAGAACUGCUGCUGAAGUACAGGAUUCAGAAGCCUGUGAUAAAAAAGCUGUAAAAACCCAUGCAGAGUCAUUAUCUGAUUUUCACAAAGAAAUGGUUUCUCCUGUUCUCACAACAGUACAUAAUGAGUUUAUAUCAAGAACUGAUGGAUAUUCAGCAGAUGAAACUGCUGGAUACUCUAAAAGCAGUGUGCUGCAGGAAGAAGAGCAAGACGGCUCUGUUUUGAAGUACAAAGCUGAGAGAGUGCACAUUACCGAUGAGUCAUGCAACCUUGUGGGAGCAGUCAAUAAAGCUCUUCUGAAAGUUAUACAGAGUGACAGUUUAGAUGAAGCUGCAGAAUGGAAGAGACUGAAACAAAUUACAAGAGCAGACAGAAACCUGCCAGGCUCAAUAUAUGAGAAAAGAACCACGGUAUCCUGGGGAGGCGACAAGCAUUUAUUUCUGAACCUGCCUAUAAAUGAAGAUCCUGAUGUUUCUCAGACAAGUAAUAAGCUGGAAGAGAAAAAGCUGCAUUCACCCUCGUUAGUAGCAGUGAGUAAUGUUUUUAGUAAUUCCUAUCCGCUAUCUAAUACACACAAACAAAUGUCACCUAUUCCUUCUCCAUUAUCUUCAAGACUGCCUAGCCCACAGCUGCAUCAUCGGAUUCUCCCAUUACCUGUUCAGAACUCGGAACACGAACCUAUGUUUGGUGACUACUGCAGUGGGAGGCACAGUGCUAUAAACCUCUCUUUCAAUGAUUUGGAGCCACCAUUUUAUCUGAAAUUUUCUGAACCUGGAGAACUGGGAUUUGCCAUCAGACAACCAUGCUUACAUCAGAAUGCAACUGCAGGGCACUUUGAAAAGCACAGUCUACGAGAGAGACUAACUACUCAGACACAGCAGAAUUUCUGUGCAGGAGAGACUGCUUUAAAGGAUGACUUCACUGAACGGCUGACAAAUGUGGAUGUAGCAAACAGAGGUGAAGAUACCUGGGUCUUGGAUUGCAGACUGGGGCUGUCAAACCCAUUUGCUCAUUCAAGUGAGAAGGAGAAGAUCAACAGGAAUGCAUUGCAUUUGAAUCUGGAAUUGAAUGUGAGUAGCAGUCUAUAUUGGAUUUCAACAAGCAUUUUUAUAUACAUUUCUGGUAUGCAUUUAUUUCUGGUGUGCCCAAAGCCAUGUUCCAAAAUACAAAACAAAUAGCAAAGUUUUGGAUGUGGUGCAGUUUUCCAGAUGGUUUCUGACUUCUUGCAUCUAUAUGUGGCUAAGCCUG